CCUCUCCUCUUUGGUUUACGGUAAUGGUGCUGAUGCGGGAUGAGUCAGGUUGUGUGAUGUCUCUGAUACUGCUGCCAUUUCAUCAGCACAAUUUCCAAACAUUUCACUCCUCCAAAGCGUGGAGGAGAUCCAAACCACCCCGAAAAAGGCGUCAGGACUGCUUUGACUUCUUAAUGUCUGGGACUGCGAGAGCUGUUUUGCAUGCACAGAUUUAAAGGGACACGUUGCGUUGGUGUGAGAUAUCUGUUUACUACACUACAGUAGCUUCCGGGUGUCCUCUGAUGUCUGUUUUGAUCGCUGUUAGAGAGUAAGGAGAGACUGAAACAGGGUGUGUAUGUGUUGCUUUGCCUUGUGAUAUGUGUGUGUGCGCUUUCUAGAAAGUCCAUCAUCCUGUCAGGACCAUGGCAUUUGGGUUUACUAAGCUCUGAUUAACCCGACCAGACACCAUAGACAUGGAGACAAUAUGGCUUUACCAGUUUCGCCUGAUCGUCAUUGGAGACUCCACGGUUGGUAAAUCAUGUUUGAUUAGGCGCUUCACAGAGGGACGGUUUGCACAAGUGUCUGACCCUACAGUUGGUGUGGAUUUCUUCUCUCGCCUGGUGGAGAUCGAGCCUGGGAAACGAAUAAAGCUCCAGAUAUGGGAUACGGCGGGUCAGGAGCGCUUCAGGUCCAUUACUAGAGCGUACUACCGUAACUCAGUGGGAGGCCUGCUGCUGUUUGAUAUCACAAACCGCCGCUCGUUUCAGAAUGUUCGCGAUUGGCUGGAGGAGGCACGCAGCCAUGUGCAGCCACACACCAUCGUCUUCGUGCUGGUGGGCCACAAAUGCGAUCUGGAGGUGCAGCGUCAGGUCUCCCGGCAUGAGGCUGAGAAGCUGGCGUCUGUUUACGGCAUGCGUUACGUGGAAACUUCUGCGUGCGAUGCCAUCAACGUGGAGAGGGCAUUCACCGAGCUGACACGCGACAUCUUUGAGUUGGUCAAGCAUGGGGAGAUCACCAUUCAGGAAGACUGGGAGGGUGUGCGGAGCGGCUUUGUGCCCAACGUGGUGCAUUCAUCCGAGGAGGUAACAAAGAAUGAGCGCCGGUGCUUCUGCUGAACCAUCUAGAACCCUAGACUCAAAUCUUCAGAUCUCACAGAAUAGAAGGACAAAUUUCAAUCCUUACUUAUGACGUUACUCCUUCCCUGCCUGCUGAAUGGUCCCAAGUCUCCACCGUCUGGUUCACUAGUUACUGCUCCUUAUAGCUAACCAUUUACAUGACAGACAAAUCUGUACUGACACUAACACAUUUCAGCUUCUUCUUCUUCUUCUAAAAAAAGACAGAACCUUAGUCCAGCACCUUACAUAUCUGUCAAUCACUUGAAAGCCAUGACAUGUUUCCCUUGAGGGUAAACAGCCUUUAGAGACUGGGUCUUCUGUAGACAUGCACAAUGGACAGAUAUUUCCAUGAGAGAUUAACCAAAAGCAAGGACUUUUUAAAUGAACUACUGAGCUCAGAAUGCCGAAAUGCUGCUUGAGGUAAAAAGACUCCACUAUGUAUUAUAUGGUGUUCACAUAUUGUGUUCAGGCCUGAAUAUUAAGGUGACAAAUCAACAUUAAUAUUAACAACCUGCCUGUUUGUUUUUUUUGUUGCUUUGGUCUGCACACAUUGACAUGUUUGAGCAAAUCCUGUUGCCAGAAAUACAACUUUCAAGAUGGAUUACAAGCUUGUACUUUUGUUAACUUACCAAAGGGAUUUAUGUAAGCUUGUGAAUAAAAUGAAAGAGAAACAUGGGAAAUGAAGCGCACUAUGACAAAUACAGUUCAACAUUUCCAUCAUGAAAAAGGAAAUGUUUUUAAACUGUAAUCCUUUUAGGGGAUUUACGUAACUGAAACACAUUAAAGAAGCAAUGGUUUAAACUGUUAUUCUUACCAACACCCUUUUCAAGCCCAUUAUACCUCUUACACUAACAAGCUUGUUCCCGAUUUCUAAUAGUAAAAAUGCUGAUUGUCACCAAUUUCACCAUAAAUUGCUCUAUAAAGCACAUCAAAUCGGACCAGACUGUUGUACACAUCACUACUUUGACUGACGGCUGCACAGUAUAAUAUUGCAUGGUAAUAAUGAUCACAAUAUUCUCCUCUACAAUAUGACAACUGUUUAGCACUGUAUCCAUAUUGUGCAAGCUUUAGCACCAUUGUGCUGGAUUCAGUCUCCUGCAUCCUUGAAGCACUGGCAUACAUUUCGAUUGGGCUUCAGUUUUGGUUUGUUUUCCAGUGCAUCUGAGCUCACGAGGACUGGAAUAUUAAUGAUGAGUGUACCUUCAAAUAGUUGUGAAUCACGCUGUACCUCUUUCUCAGAACCUUAUGUACUAGAGAUUAAAAUAUUAUGGAAAAAAAAUGGAGUUAUUAGGUCUCGUGUCUGGUGUUGCAACCUUUUUGUGUUAUCACUGGAUGAGGGGGGAACUUUUUAU